AUGAGCUCUGCUAACCCAAGCGGUGAAUAUAAAAAACCUCAAAAGUAUGUGCCAGGACCAGGUGAUCCUGAACUGCCACCUCAACUGUCCGAAUUUAAAGAUAAAACAUCUGAUGAGAUUCUAAGGGAAAUGAACAGAAUGCCUUUCUUUAUGACCAAAUUAGAUGAAACAGACGGUGCUGGUGGUGAAAAUGUGGAGCUAGAAGCCUUAAAAGCAUUAGCCUAUGAAGGUGAACCACAUGAAAUCGCUGGAGGCUUUAAGAAACAAGGUAAUGAACUAUAUAAGGCGAAGAGAUUUAAAGAUGCAAGAGAACUUUACAUAAAGGGUUUAAACGUGGAAUGUGAAGAUAAAUUUAUAAAUGAAUCACUAUUUGCUAACAAAGCCGCAUGUGAGUUGGAGUUAAAAAACUACAGAAGGUGCAUCGAAGACUGCAGCAAAGCUUUGAGUAUUAAUCCCAAAAAUACCAAGUGUUACUAUCGUACAAGUAAGGCUUUUUUUCAGUUGAACAAACUGGAGGAGGCUAAAUCAGCGGCACUAUUUGCUAACCAAAGGAUCGACCCAGAGAACAAGUCAAUUUUGAAUAUGUUAUCAGUAAUCGAGAAAAAAGAGCAAGAACUCAAGCUAAAAGAGGAGAAAAAGCAAAGAGAAGCUCAAGAACAUGAAAACAAAACAAUUAUGUUAGAAAGUGCAAUGACAUUAAGAAAUAUAACCAACAUUAAAACUCACUCUCCAGUGGAGUUAUUGAAUGAAGGUAAAAUAAGGUUAGAGGAACCAAUGGACUUUGAGUCCCAAUUAAUUUAUCCAGCUUUAAUCAUGUAUCCUACGCAAGAUGAAUUUGACUUUGUAGGUGAAGUAAGUGAGCUGACUACAUUACAGGAACUUAUUGACCUGGUUAUAGAUGGGCCACAAGAAAGGUUCAAGAAGGAAGGUAAACAGAAUUUCAUUGCAAAGAAAGUGUUGGCAUUUAUGGAAACAAAAUCUGGUGGUUUGAUCAAAGCCGGUAAGAAAGUGACAUUUCACGACAUCUUGAAGAAAGAAACGCCAGACGUACCGAUAUUCGAUAACGCUUUGAAAAUUUAUAUUGUACCAAAGGUUGAGAGCGAAGAGUGGAUUUCCAAGUGGGAUAAACAAAAAGCGUUGGAGAGAAGAUUCAUGUGA